AUGCUCGCCCGCACAGCUCUCGCUCGCCUGAGAGCCAAGGUACCAAGUGCUGCCGCACGCGACGUCGCGCAGCUCUCGCGCCAGCUCCGCAUCGCCCUCGCGUCCACCAUCACCGCCGCCAACAAUGCCGGCACCGCCGCCCCUCUGAGCAUCGCUCAAUUCCAACGCAUCCGCGGCUACGCGACCGCGACCGCGACCAAGACUCGCGCAUCGGCCGCGACCAAGAAGGCGCCGGCCAAGAAGGCGACCGCGACCAAGAAGGCCGCACCGGCCAAGAAGCCUGCCGCGAAAAAGAAGCCUGCCGCGAAGAAGAAGCCUGCCGCCAAGCCUAAGAAGAAGGUUGCCGUCAAGCCCAAGAAGGCGGAGCUGACAGAAGUCCAGCUGCAGAGGCUGGAGAAGCGCAAGGCGCGCAUUGCUGAGCAGAAGCAGAAGGAUAAAAUCAAGGAGCUGAAGGAGACGGCUCUGAAGGAACCUAAGCUCAAGGCCGUAUCGCCUUUCCAUAUCCUGCUGGUGGAGACCGUCGCAAAGGACGGCGCGCCGAAUGGCGUCGGUGAGAUCGCGAAGGCCGUGUCUCAGAAGCUCAAGAGUCUGGCCCCGUCCGAGCUGGAGCGUCUCAACCGCGUUGCGAUCGAGAACAGCGAGGCCAACAAGGCAGCCCACAAGAAGUGGGUUGAGAGCUACACUCCGCUGCAGAUCAGGCAUGCGAACAUCGCGCGCCGCCAGCUGAAGUCAAAGCUUGCCACCUACUCCAAGCCCCCGAUCCACGACGAUCGUGCCGUCUUGCAGCCGCGCUCCCCGUACAUCCACUUCACUCUGGAGCGCUACGCGAGCGGCGAGCUGAAGAACAUCAAUAUCCGUGAGGCGGCCAAGCUGAUUGGCAAGGAGUGGAAGGCACUCAGCGCUUCAGACAAGAAGAAAUACGAGGACCUGGCCGCCGAAGACAAGGAGGUCUACUUCCGCAAGUUCAAGAGCGUUUACGGCUACGAGUCCGCUUCCGCCCCCAAGGCCUAA